AUGGCCGCAUGCAUAUUUUGCAAGAUUGUCAAAGGAGACAUUCCUUCAUUCAAGCUCUUCGAGUCCGACAAAGUCCUCGCAUUCCUUGACAUCCAACCUUUGAGCAAAGGACAUGCCCUUGUCAUCCCCAAACACCACGGCUCCAAACUGGUUGACAUCCCCGAUGAUGCAUUGACCGAGAUUCUACCUGUCGUUAAGAAGCUCGCUACCGCCAGUGGUGCAGAGAACUACAAUGUUUUGCAAAACAACGGUAAACUUGCGCAUCAAGAAGUUGAUCACGUUCACUUCCACAUGAUUCCCAAACCCAAUACCACUGAAGGACUCGGGAUCGGGUGGCCAGCUACUGCUACCGAUAUGGAUACGCUGAAACAGCUGCACGCUGCGAUGAAGGCCAAGAUGUAA